AUGACUUUCCGCGAUCUCCUGAGCGUCAGUUUCGAGGGACCUCGCCCGGACAGCGGCUCCGGGGCUGCCGGCUCAGGUGCCGGCUCGGGCAGCGCGGGCGGCUCGGCCGCCUCGGAGGGCCCGGCGGUGGGGGGCGUGCCGGGGGUCGCGGGCGGCGGCGGCGGCGUGGUGGGCGCGGGCGGCAGCGAGGACAAUGGCAGCUCCGCCGGGGAGCCUGGGGGUGCGAACGGCGAGGUGAACAGCACGGCGGCCGUCGGGGGGCUCGUGGUGAGCGCGCAGGGCUUGGGCGUGGGUGUCUUUCUGGCCGCGUUCAUCCUCACCGCUGUGGCGGGCAACCUGCUUGUCAUCCUCUCGGUGGCCUGCAACCGCCACCUGCAGACAGUCACUAACUACUUCAUCGUCAACCUGGCCGUGGCCGACCUGCUGCUGAGCACCACGGUGCUGCCUUUCUCUGCCACCAUGGAGGUCCUGGGCUUCUGGGCCUUCGGCCGCGCCUUCUGCGACGUGUGGGCCGCGGUGGACGUACUGUGCUGCACCGCUUCCAUCCUCAGCCUCUGCACCAUCUCGGUGGACCGGUACGUGGGCGUGCGCCACUCGCUCAAGUACCCGGCCAUCAUGACGGAGCGCAAGGCGGCCGCCAUCCUGGCGCUGCUUUGGGUCGUAGCCCUCGUGGUGUCCGUGGGGCCGCUGCUUGGCUGGAAGGAGCCCGUGCCCACAGAUGAGCGCUUCUGCGGCAUCACGGAGGAGGCGGGCUACGCCGUCUUCUCCUCCGUGUGCUCCUUCUACCUGCCCAUGGCCGUCAUCGUGGUCAUGUACUGCCGCGUGUACGUGGUCGCGCGCAGCACCACGCGGAGCCUCGAGGCGGGCAUCAAGCUCGAGCGGGGCAAGGCCUCGGACGUGGUGCUGCGUAUCCACUGUCGCGGUGCGGGCACAGGUACCGACCGGGCGCACGGGACGCGGAGCGCCAAGGGCCACAACUUCCGCAGCUCCUUCUCUGUGCGCCUGCUCAAGUUCUCCCGCGAGAAGAAGGCGGCCAAGACCCUGGCCAUCGUUGUGGGAGUCUUCGUGCUCUGCUGGUUCCCCUUCUUCUUCGUCCUUCCUCUUGGCUCCCUGUUCCCGCAGCUGAAGCCAUCGGAAGGCGUCUUCAAGGUUAUCUUCUGGCUUGGCUACUUCAACAGCUGCGUGAACCCGCUCAUCUACCCCUGCUCCAGCCGCGAGUUCAAGCGCGCCUUCCUCCGCCUCCUGCGCUGCCAAUGCCGUCGUCGCCGGCGCCGGCGUCCCCUCUGGCGCGUCUACGGCCACCACUGGCGGGCCUCGACCGGCGGCCCGCGCCCGGACUGCGCACCCGGCCCGGGCGCCGCGCUCCCCGGUGCCCCGCUGGCCCUCAUCGCGUCCCCGGCCUCUGGCUCCGCGGGCACGCCCGAGGCUCAGGUUCCAACCGCCGGCCGUUGGAAGCCUCCCUGUGCCUUCCGCGAGUGGAGGCUGCUCGGGCCGUUCCGGAGACCUACUACCCAGCUGCGUGCCAAGGUCUCCAGCCUGUCGCACAAGAUCCGCGCCGGGGCCACGCAGCGCGCAGAGGCGGCUUGCGCCCUGCGCGCCGAGGUGGAGGCCGUGUCUCUUGGCGUCCGGCACGACGUGGCCGAGGGUGCCACCUGCCAGGCCUACGAUUUGGCCGACUACAGCAACCUCCGGGAGACUGAUAUUUAA